AUGCCAAGGGGUUCCUUUCCGCGGGCUGCAAAGCCUGCGCCUGCUGGUAAAGCUGGUGGUAAUGGAAAACGGAAGAAAGAUGACUCAGAUGGAGAGGCAGAGCGGCCACCUCCAAAGAAGAAGACAAGAACGGAAAUCCCGCAAAUCUUGGACGAGGAACGUCUCGCAGCUGAUCUCAACGUUGAUUAUUCGAAGAAAAGAAAGAAGCGUGGGCAACAAAUACAAAUGCCUAAAAAGCAGCAAUGGACAAGAGUCAAAGAUAUCAUCACAGAGCGGGAAGAUGCACCUAAAGGCUGGAACCCAGAGGAGCCUGAUCUGAUGAAAGAUGAUUUCCACGCUCAGAUCGACAGGUGUCUCGAACGAAUCUCACUGAACAUCAUGCCUCAUGUCUAUCAGGUUAAAAUGAAAGAAUUUUUGGAAAAGCAGGUGGAACGCGAUGAACUGAUGGCUGCAGAGCCAGGCUUAAGUUGGCCGGUUGUACAGCGCCUAGAUGAGCUCAAAUUUAUUUUGAACUGGCUCGUGGCGGAAAAUGACGUACACAAAAUGGUUGAUACAGUAAAUGCUCUCAUUGCGCAAUAUCGAUCAGGUGAAUUGGAUUAUACUCCGGACCUCGUCACCUACUGGCAUGCUGGAGUUCAGCUCUGUCUGCCGAGACCAUUUCACUGGGAUGAAUACUCCUACAUUCAUGACAGAUGUCAGGGGCAUGAAGGGUUUUGGGUUGAAGGUUUUCUCGGGCGUGCGCCUGGCAUGAGCAAGCUUUCGAUGAUAUCCAAAGGGGAUCCGCUUCAGAAUUACACAACGGUACGGUUCACCCUUCGAAUUCCCCAUGGUCCGGUAGUUGCAGAAAAACAAGGGGACAAGGGAAAAGCCGGAAAAAACGGAAAAAACGGAAAAAAUGGGAAAGAUCAUCAACCACAACCCAGGCCACCGAGCUUCGAAUUCGAUUUUAUGGAUGACACAGGCAGUACACUUUUAUCCGUAUUUGAAGAAGACAUCAACCUUCUUCGGGGUCUGGGUGCACACGGUGGACAAACAUACCCCUUGCCCCGAUGCCUGGGUGUUGCAGCUCCUUAUACCGCAGAUGGGAGGCGGGUUCCCUCGCUAUUUAGACAAUUGGAAAUCAACAUGUGGAGCACAGAUGACUCGGCUUAUAUGUCGUCUCGCUGGGACGCGAUUCCAGCUAGUAUCUGGCCUGGUCGAGCAACGGGGCCCGGAUUUGACCGUUUGGGUGGGGCAUGGCUGCGGCACAGAUUUUACACAGGAACUUGUCCGGAUCAGUCGCUGAAUCUUCAUGUUUUUGACUACAACCCUGGGAUGCCACAGGGUCAGAGGACUCUUCCUACCGCGACAUCGGCACAAUUGGCCGCGCCUAUCCGGACUCCAGGGCUUCAGCCCGUUUCGGACUUUCCUCAUCUUGACCCAAAUAUGGCAUCAGGGCAUAGUUUGAUCUAA